AUGUUGGAAAACGGUAUUUUAUGAUUGCGCUCUACACCGUCACCACCGCAAUAACAAUAAUAACAACAAUAAUAAACGGACGAGAUAAAUGAUAAUUGAUAAUCGUCUGAAUUCCGAUUGUACUAGAGGUGGGCUAUAAUUGGAACUUGGAGAAAAUAUUUGGAUUAGCUGCUGACUCGAGCAAACUGCAGCUGGACUGUUUUCGGGAAUCAUCGUUAUCAGAUUUUUGAAACUUUUAAAGGUCAACAGGUCUAUUGAUUGUAAACACCGAGUAAUAAAAAGUCGAUACCAAUAGCUGAUUCACUUUCUACCGCGUCCUAACGUUGUAUCUAUUUCCGAAUCAUUUUAUUGCUUACGGUCAACGGGUUUGUCCGAACCGAAAUAGAGACCGAAACCACAAUCACAGAUCACCGUGCCCCGUGAUCAACUCAGUGUCUCAGUCAUAUUUUUGCCAACAGUGCCAACCGCUAAUGCUAUUACACGUCGUCGAUUCUGCAAAAAUGGAUAACUAUAAGUGUUCACUGUCCGUUGUCGACGUCUAUGAUAUGGCACAGGAUAUUGGUCGAGAGUUCGAGUCUAUUAUAGACGCGUAUGGCACUGAUGCCAUAACUGGACUGAUGCCCAAGGUGGUGUCCGCCCUAGAGCAGAUGGAAUUAUUGGCUAUGAAGAACGAACGAGAGAACACUACUGUGGACGAUCUACGAUCAACGAUACAACAAUUAGAAAUGGAUAAACAGGAACGGACUGAAGACAGGAUGAAAUAUGAGAAGGAGAUGGAACAAAUUGAAGAUAAGUGGCGUGAAGACUAUAAUGAAUUGUUGACUACUGUUUCUAGACUUCAAGAUGAUAACCGUAAAUUGACAGAGUCUUUACAAGCUGCAGAAAAGGAUAAGAUUGUUGAUUCUAAAUCACAAGUUUUAAGUCCAGAUGUUGAUACUGUUGCUCUUCAACGUCUACGCCAUAAUGUUGAUCAAAUGCGUGAUAGUAUUAGAAGCUAUGAACAUCAAUUAAAUUCCAAGAGUAAUGAAGUUGAUUCUUUAACUGUUCAAAUGGAAAGGCUGCAAACUACUUUGAAAGACUUGCGGCGUAAACAUCGUUUUGCACAACUACAAUGUCGUAGUUUAGUUGAAGAAAGAGCUGAUAUUCUUUCCCAACUUCAAAAACAACAAAAAGAAUUUAUAUCACUUAGACAAAGGUUUGGUAUGGCUCAAAAAGAAAAUGAAGACCUUUCAAAAUAUAGAGACGAUUUGCCUGAUUUGAAAAAUAAAGCCAUUUAUGAUUUAGACGAUCCAGAUAGACCAAAAUUUACAACCAAUGAACUGAAAGAUAUUUUGACUGAACGUAAUGAAUUAAAAACUCGUGUUAAUGAUCUUGAAGAUGAACUUUCACAAUUUAAGCCGGUUGAACAAUUGACUAUAUCCCAGGAAAGAGAUGAAAUCCAAGAAACGCGGGUACGAAGAAUUUUGUUACGAAACUGUACCCCCAGAACAGACAGUCACCGAAAAAAUCCUGACACCGCUCCGGUCGAUAAGGAAGGCACGCAAAUGUCAAUCAUCACCACCCCAGAAAGUUCACCAGAUGUAAUAUCUCCAACCAGGUCUGACGAUGAACAGGAAGAAGGCCCUGUUCAAGGACCAUUACCUUUAGAACCUGAUGAUGCACCAUGGAAACGAAAUCCAGAAUCUGGCAUUCGUAAACUUUUUCGUAAGAUGUUUGCUGAAACUAACAACUCUCUAUUCUCUAAGACUAGUCCUAAACAUCCUAAAUUAUCAUUAUCCAAAAUGGCUGUAUCCAUUGGUCAUUCGUCUAUUAUGGGACCAUCUGAAGUGUGAUAAAUAAAAUAUUGAUCUCGAAUUUAAUUAUUGUUUAUUAAUGUUAAUAAGUAUUAUUUUAAUCCUUUAACAGGCAAUAGUUUCCCACCUUGGGAAUACUAUUAUUGCAUAGCCGGGUUAAGCCUGUUAGAGGGUUAAGACAUGCAUAGCUAAAUUAUGAGGGAUCAGUAAACAUAAGUAACUACAAAUCAAAUGAAAUUAGUUUUAAAUUAUUAUUUUUUUUUUUUUUUUGCAUAUAUAUAUAAUAUUUUUAUCGUGAUUAUUUAUUAUUAAUACUUAAAAUGGCUUGAGCAUGUCUCAUAUAACUUAAAUUGAAUUAUAUUAUUAUUUAUUUUACAUAAUUGAAUGCUUAUUUAUAAAUACAAUCUAACAUCUAAUUUUUUUGUGUAGAAUUUUAAUCUUAGUUUUUUUUGUUUAUGUUAAUUAUUUAGCGACAAAACAAAAUGUCAGAAUAUUGUUUAAUUAAGUAAUUAAGUUCCGUUUUAGUUGAAAAGACAUUUUAUAUGUGGAUUAUUGCAUUCAGAUAAUUUUUUUUCAUUAUUAUUUAUGUACGAAAAUAUAUGCUAUUACUUUGGUUAGUUAACUUUUGUAUCAAGUUAAAGAAUAAAUGCUCAUAAUAUGUUUUUAAUGACCCCCUUAUCAAUUGUAUUACAAUAUAGUAUAAUAAUAUUUAGGGCAAAUGCUUUUGACGUAACUUAUCUAGUCUGGUUGAUAAUUAUAUAAAACUGUUAUAUAUAUUUUUUUUUUUUAUGUUGUAUGUACGUACUUAAAUCAAAGUGAAGUAUAUUUUUAUAGUGAUUUAUAAUCAAAUAUUUAACUAUUUUUAAAUAGUAUUAAAUUUAUAAUUGUAUUUAUAUUGUAUUGUACUACCCCGUGCUUUGUUAUGUAUAGAACAACAUUUUGUUGAAGAAAAAUGCGUACUUCCAAAAUAUUUAUUUUAAUUGGCUAUUUUUUUGUUAAUCGUAAUUAUUUGUAAAGACAGUAAUAUAUUAUUUUGAAUUAGACAAUA